AUGGCGCUGCCCGGCUCCUCACAAGCAGAGACUUGGAACCUGGAUCCUUCGGUUUCUACGGCCUCUUUGCCCUUAGGACCUCAGGAGCAGGAGGUUGGCGGAGGCCCUGGAGCGUCUGGGGGGCUUCCGCUAGAGAAAGUGAAGCGGCCCAUGAACGCCUUCAUGGUGUGGAGCUCUGCUCAGCGCCGCCAGAUGGCGCAGCAGAACCCCAAGAUGCACAAUUCUGAGAUCUCGAAGCGCUUGGGCGCUCAGUGGAAGCUGCUGGACGAUGAAGAGAAGAGACCCUUCGUGGAGGAGGCUAAGCGUCUUCGUGCCCGCCACCUCCGUGACUACCCCGACUACAAGUACCGACCCCGGCGAAAAAGCAAAAACCCGGGCACCGGGUCGGUCCAUUUCAGCCAGGGAGGAGGUGGCCCGGUAUGUGGAGGCCCACACUGGGGGCCGGGGUACACAACUACCCAAGGGAGUAGGGGCUUUGGGUACCAGCCCCCCAACUAUUCGACAGCCUACAUGCCUGGCAGUUACACCUCUUCCCACUGCAGACCGGAGGCCCCCUCACCGUGUACCAUCCCUCAGAGCGAUCCUAGGCUCCAAGGGGAGCUAAUACCCUCCUUCCCCCAUUACCUAUCUCCAGGCUCUCCCACUCCAUAUAAUACUUCCCUUGCUGGUGCCUCCAUGCCAGUAACCCACCUUUAA